CAGUGCUCUUGCAAUUCCGUGCUUUCUUCAGUGCUCUUGCAAUUCCGUGCUUUCUUUAGUGAGAAAACUUCAUCGCUGCCCUCAACUCUUGGAAAGUUGUAGCUUCGGAUUGCCUUAGCGCGUUACUAGUUACCUUUUCAAUAAGAAAGGGGCAGGUUGCAGGGUUUGCACGGGAACUAGAGAGGAAUGUAGGUAGUUGAGUAUCGAAUCGUGGGUCAAGACAUAAAGUAACAACCUCGUAUUCAGAAUCUCCAACCCUGAGCCUUCAAGUCAGGAGAACUUCUUGGGGAUGGAAGUUGUUGUUAGCUGACAUCAAAUUGGCCCCCAACUCAUAGUGACUCAACGCAUGGCAUUAUGAUACUGUAGGAUUUUCAUUGGCUGAUUUCAGAAGUAGACCGCCAACCCUUUCUUCUUGUCCAGUUUAGUCUGGAAGCUCCUCUGAAACCUGUCCAUCAUCAUAGCAACAUGGAAGCCUCCUCUGACAGAAGGUGGUAGCUGUGUGUGAGGUACUUUGGCUUGGGAUUGAUCCUGGGUCUCCUGCAUGGAAGGCGAGAAUCCUACCACUGGACCACCACUCUGUAGUUAUCUGGCCAACAACCUGGCCUCCCCUCCCAGUCCUUUGCCCUGUCUCCUUUGUUCUCCCCUGAGCUGUCUGCAGCCACCGGCCACUGGGGGUCUAAAUAGGAAGUAAAAAGACAGCGUAUUAGAAAAUUCACAGUCAAAAUUAUUUAUAACUCCUUGUAUUUGAACCAGUGCAAAUAUAAUAAUUGCCUCUGAAAUUAUAGCUUGUAAGUUUAUUUUCUGGAGCUGUAUGUUACUAGGAAGCCCUGGUGGCGUAGUGGUUAAAAGGUAUGGCUACUAGCCAAAAGGUCGGCAGUUCGAAUCUACCAGGUGUUCCUUGGAAACCCUAUGGGGCAAUUCUACUCUGUCCUAUAGGGUUGCUAUGAGCCGGAAUCGACUCGACGGCAACAGGUUUGGUUUUUGGUUUUGGUAUGUUACUAACAUUUGUAUUUGUGUAUAGUUAACUUUUGAUUGUAUAAGCUUCUCAUUUUCAAAAUAUACAUUGUUAGCUAACCCAUUUCUGAUUUCUCUAAAAGCAGCAUUUGUGAGUGUUACUUAUCUUGGUGUAAAUAUCAUACACGUUAGUGUUGGCAGCAGCAUCCGUGACCACCUGUGUUGAACUAUUCAUUUCCCCCUGGUUUGCUCUGUUUUCUUGUGUGUCUUGUAUCAACCUUUUGAAACCACAGUCAGUCCCUUCAUUCUAGGUAAACCUGAAACACCGAGGGAAAAGGCAGUGCCCCUCAGUCCGUCGACUGAUGUUAGGAUAAAGGUCUUGAUAGCCUUUUAGCAUGGAAUAUGGAGCUGGAUUCUGAGAAUGGUUCUCCAGAGGGGCGGGGGUCAGUAGGGACAGGAGGAGACCUGGGGAAUAUAAUAUGUGAUGACAACAAAGAGUCAGUUGCUGAGGUCUUUAUAAAUGAGCAUUUUUUAAAAACGGAGAACAUUGUGGAUUUUUUGGUCCCUCAUAUCCGUGUUUAAAUGUAAGCGCUCAGUAUUUGCCCCAGGCCAAAUACCAGCCCUGUGCUAUGUGAAAUCAGAACAGUGGUUUGAUUCUCUGCGUUAUGAUAAAUCCUAUGAUGCUGUUGUAAGGAGCCCUGGUGGUACAGUGGUUACGUGCUUGGCUGCUAACCAAGAGGUCAGCGGUUCAAACCCACCAGCCAGUUCCACAAGGGAAAGAUGUGGCCGUCUGCUUCCAUAAAGAUUACAGCCUUGGAAGUCCUAUGGGGCAGUUCUACUGGGUCUUAUAGGGUUGCUACGAGUUGAAAUUGACUCGACAGCAGCUGGUAUACAGGUGACGUUGUAGGUGUGAGUUACCUGGGCAGGCAGCAAGUGGGAAAGUAGGGUCAGGUCUUCACUGGCACUGUGGAAAUAAGAAAAGAGGCUCUCAUUCAAACCCUAAACCAUUGCCCCCUCCUAAGGAUAGAGGCCGACUACUUGGCCCUAAGAACGUUCUCUCUACAGGUGCUCCUCACCUCUCACCUUAGCCUAAUCGAUAUGCUUGCCUUGGCGUCACUGACAGUUUCGGGCUGCCCGUGGUUGUGGUUUUGUACCAUGUUGACUAGAUGGGAGGAGGGCAGCACGGCGAGAGGCUGAGAAGGUGCAUUUGGAAAGUUGACCGCGUGGGCCUUUUGCCUCAGUGAUCGCUUCAGCCAGUUAUGAUGACUUGUGGAUUUGGGAUGCUGGAAAUUAAGGAUCCUCUUUUCUUAGAAACCACUCUGCUUGUCUUUGUUUCUCCUGGCAGACCCUUAAACAGAGAGGAUGUGUGUGGGCCUGGGAUACCCAGGCCUGAUCUUGGCAUGAUGGUAGGUCACGGCUGUUUGGAUGUUGGGAACCCAGGGCAUUCAGAGAGGGAACUGGGCAGUCUUCCAGACUGGGGCAGGGUGGUUUUGGCUGUGGUUUAAGCUACCAUGACUCAGACAAAGCCUGGUCCUGCACGUAGAGCCCGUUGCCGUCAAGUUGAUUCUAACUCUCAGUCAACCUAUAGGGCAGAGUAGAACUGCUCUAUAAGGUUUCCAAGGAGUGACUGGUGGAUUUGAACUGCUGACAUUUUGGUUAGCAGUGAAGCUCUUAACUGCUGCACCACGAGGGCACCAUGUACGUAGAAGGGAAGCUGUUUUCCCAGUGUUGGUGACCAAUGGCCAGCUCUAUACUGACUGGUAGCUGUGUUUGAUGAGCAAGAUCCACAUCAUGGAGGUGAUGGCACCAGUGCCAGCUCCACCGGCACCCAGAGUCCGGAGAUAUUUGGAAGUGAGCUGGGCACCAACAAUGUUUCAGCCUUUCAGCCUUAUCAAGCAACAAGUGAAAUUGAGGUCACACCCUCCGUCCUUCGUGCGAAUAUGCCUCUUCAUGUCCGGCGAAGCAGUGACCCAGCUUUAAUUGGUCUCUCGACUUCUGUCAGCGAUAAUAAUUUUUCAUCUGAAGAACCGUCUCGGAAAAACCCGACACGCUGGUCUACAACAGCUGGCUUCCUCAAGCAGAACACUGCUGGCAGCCCCAAAACCUGUGAUAGGAAGAAAGAUGAAAACUACCGAAGCCUCCCACGGGAUACUAGUAACUGGUCUAACCAAUUUCAGAGAGACAAUGCUCGCUCCUCUCUGAGUGCCAGUCAUCCGAUGGUGGACAAGUGGCUGGAGAAGCAAGAGCAGGAUGAGGAUGGGACAGAAGAAGACAAUGGCCGUGUUGAACCAGUUGGACAUGCUGACACUGGUUUGGAGAAUAUGCCCAGCUUCUCUCUGGAUGAUAUGGUAAAGCUCGUACAAGUUCCCAACGAUGGAGGGCCUCUGGGGAUCCAUGUAGUGCCUUUCAGUGCUCGAGGCGGCAGAACCCUGGGGUUGUUAGUAAAGCGAUUGGAGAAAGGUGGUAAAGCUGAACAGGAAAACCUUUUUCAUGAGAACGAUUGCAUUGUCAGGAUUAAUGAUGGCGACCUUCGAAACAGAAGAUUUGAACAAGCACAACAUAUGUUUCGCCAAGCCAUGCGUACACCCAUCAUUUGGUUCCAUGUGGUUCCUGCAGCAAAUAAAGAGCAGUAUGAGCAACUAUCCCAAAGUGAGAAGAAUAAUUACUAUUCCGGCCACUUCAGCCCCGACAGCCAGUACAUUGAUAACAGGGGUGUACAUGGUGCAGGACUUCACGCAGUACCCAGAGUGCCCAGACUGAAUCAGCACGAGCAGAUAGACUCUUACCCACGACUACCUCAUAGUGCCAACCCCACCGGGAAACCGCCGUCAGCUCUGGCUCCAGCACCACAAAAUGCAUUUAAUACGAAUGUAAGCAGUGGUUAUAACACCAAAAAAAUUGGGAAGAGACUUAAUAUCCAGCUUAAAAAAGGUACAGAAGGUUUAGGAUUUAGCAUCACUUCCCGAGAUGUAACAAUAGGUGGCUCAGCUCCAAUUUACGUGAAAAACAUUCUUCCAAGAGGGGCUGCCAUUCAAGAUGGCAGACUCAAGGCAGGGGAUAGACUCAUAGAGGUAAAUGGAGUCGAUUUAGCAGGCAAAUCCCAAGAGGAAGUUGUUUCCCUGUUGAGAAGCACCAAGAUGGAAGGGACUGUGAGCCUUCUGGUCUUUCGCCAGGAAGACGCCUUCCACCCAAGGGAACUGAAUGCAGAGCCAAGCCAGAUGCAGAUUCCAAAAGAAACGAAAGCUGAAGAUGAGGAUGUUGUUCUCACGCCUGAUGGCACCAGGGAGUUUCUCACGUUUGAAGUUCCACUUAAUGAUUCAGGAUCGGCUGGUCUCGGUGUCAGUGUCAAAGGGAACCGGUCCAAAGAGAACCAUGCGGACCUGGGGAUCUUUGUCAAGUCCAUCAUUAACGGAGGAGCAGCGUCUAAAGAUGGAAGGCUUCGGGUGAAUGAUCAACUGAUAGCAGUGAAUGGAGAAUCCCUGUUGGGCAAGACAAACCAAGAUGCUAUGGAAACCCUGAGAAGGUCUAUGUCCACGGAAGGAAACAAACGAGGAAUGAUCCAGCUUAUUGUAGCCAGGCGAAUAAACAAGUGCAAUGAGCUCAAGUCACCUGGGAGCCCCCCCGGACCUGAGCUGCCCAUUGAAACCGUGCUGGAUGACAGAGAACGGAGAAUUUCCCAUUCCCUCUACAGUGGGAUAGAGGGGCUGGAUGAAUCACCCACGAGAAAUGCUGCCCUCAGUCGGAUAAUGGGUGAGUCAGGUAAAUACCAGCUGUCCCCCACAGUGAAUAUGCCCCAAGAUGACACUGUCAUUAUAGAAGAUGACAGGUUGCCAGUCCUUCCUCCACAUCUCUCUGACCACUCGUCUUCUAGCUCCCGUGAUGAUGUGGGAUUCACAAUGACAGACCCCGGUGCGUGGGCCACAGCCGCAAUCAGUGACUCUGCAGAAUGCUCUUUGAGCCCCGAUGUCGAUCCAGUGCUCGCUUUUCAGCGAGAAGGAUUUGGACGCCAGAGUAUGUCAGAAAAACGCACAAAGCAAUUUUCAGAUGCCACUCAAUUGGAUUUCGUUAAAACGCGAAAAUCAAAAAGCAUGGAUUUAGGUAUAGCUGACGAGACUAAAGUCAAUACAGUGGAUGACCAGAAAGCAGGUUCUCCGAGCAGAGAUGUAGGACCUUCACUGGGUCUGAAGAAGUCGAGCUCGUUGGAAAGUCUGCAGACAGCAGUUGCUGAGGUGACUUUGAAUGGGGAUAUUCCUUUCCACCGUCCCCGACCCCGGAUUAUCCGAGGCAGGGGGUGCAAUGAGAGCUUCAGAGCUGCAAUCGACAAAUCUUAUGACAAACCUGCUGUAGAUGACGAUGAUGAAGGCAUGGAGACCUUGGAAGAAGACACAGAAGAAAGUUCAAGAUCUGGGAGAGAGUCUGUAUCCACAGCCAGUGACCAGCCUUCCCACUCCCUGGAGAGACAGAUCAAUGGAAACCAAGAGAAAGGUGAUAAGGCUGACAGAAGAAAGGAUAAAACUGUAAAAGAGAAGAAGAAAGAUAGAGACAAAGAAAAGGAUAAAAUUAAAGCCAAGAAGGGAAUGCUGAAGGGUUUGGGAGACAUGUUCAGGUUUGGCAAACAUCGAAAAGAUGACAAGAUUGAGAAAACGGGUAAAAUAAAAGUACAGGAAGCCCUUACUUCAGAAGAGGAGAGGAUGCGAAUGAAGCAGGAACAGGAGAGGAUUCAAGCUAAAACUCGAGAAUUUAGAGAGCGGCAAGCCCGAGAGCGUGACUAUGCUGAAAUCCAAGACUUUCAUCGGACGUUUGGCUGUGAAGACGAUUUGAUGUUUGGGGGAAUGCCUUCGUAUGACGGUUCCAUGGCCAGACCCCAGAGCCCGAGAGAAGGGCAUAUGAUGGAUGCUUUGUACGCCCAGGUGAAGAAGCCUCGGAAUUCCAAACCGUCACCUGUAGACAGCAACAGAUCCACUCCUAGCAACCAUGAUCGGAUACAGCGUCUGAGGCAAGAAUUUCAACAGGCAAAGCAGGAUGAAGAUGUAGAAGACCGGCGACGUACCUACAGCUUUGAACAACCCUGGCCAAAUUCCAAGCCAUAUGCGCAGAGUGGCAGGCACUCCGUGUCCGUGGAGGUCCAGAUGCAGCGGCAGCGCCAGGAGGAGCGGGAGAGUUUCCAGCAAGCCCAGCGCCAGUACAGCUCUCUGCCUCGGCAAAGCCGGAAAAACGCCAGUUCUGUCUCCCAGGAUUCUUGGGAGCAGAACUACGCCCCUGGGGAAGGCUUCCAGAGUGCCAAGGAGAACCCCAGGUACUCCAGCUACCAAGGGUCGAGGAAUGGCUACAUGGGCGGGCACGGCUUCAAUGCGAGGGUGAUGCUGGAGACCCAGGAGCUCCUGCGCCAGGAACAGAGGCGGAAAGAGCAACAGAUGAAGAAGAAGCCUCCUCCUGAGGGGCCCAACAAUUAUGACUCGUAUAAGAAAGUCCAGGACCCCAACUACACCCCUCCCAAGGGUCCCUUCCGGCAAGACGUGCCCCCCUCGCCUUCUCAGGUUGCCAGGCUGAACAGACUGCAGACUCCUGAGAAAGGGAGGCCCUUUUAUUCCUGAGCAGGAGAAGAACAGAUUCUUCAUGUCAUGCAAUAAAGGACAUUUUCCUAUGAAGACGUGUAUUUUGGAGAGUUUUUUAAAAACCUUGACGGUACUAUGGAAUAUUUCUCCUGUCAGUAUCAGUGCCUUUAAGGAGUAUGGGCAAAGAAACAGAAGGCCUUAAUGUCUUUGCCACUAUUUCUCAAGUGUCUAUUUCAUGGAAGGAUUUCGCACCGCCUGACAAUCAUCUGUUCGAGGUAUUCAUAUGUUCUGCAUCUCUCCGGGGUCCCAGGAACCUCGGCCCAAUUCAUGACAUGUCCAUAGCUUUGCUAUUACAGCCCCACAGAACCUGUGGAGACAGGUUAAAUUGAAGUUGAGGGUGGCAUUGAUCCCUCUUUUUCCCUUUACUUUUCCUUAGAUGUGAGGCAGAUGAGAACAGAUGUCAUACACCAGAAAUUGGGGUUUCACGGUACUUCACAACACACCCGUUUCUGGUACUCUGUAAUCAGGAUGGUUUCCCCUUUUCUUUCUGAGUUCCUUAUAAAAGGAAAAUUAUUUUGUCCUAUUAAAGAUGCUAACCCAUAUUCCAACACUCUUGAUUUAUCAUGGGAGUCCUUUUGUCACUGCUUUAUAACGCAACGUUACCAAUAAAGUUAACGGUGAUGAUUGCAAUCUGUGUUUAUAAAUAUCUUUGCUCAAUCAUGUUCCUAACACAUUUUCUGAGUCCCCACAGCUCUGCCUAGGGGAUCAUGGGAGAUGGGAGUGAUCAACAGUGGCAGAAGGGCCCUGCCUGCCCAUGGGCCUCAGCGUGUACCACAAUGUGGGAGGUGGUGGCUAAGAAAAGAAUUCUCCCAGGAUGAGCUUACAGUCCAGUACAUCCCAAUAAUUAUUUUAAUUACUUUUUGUUCUGACAGGUUGGUAGGAAGGGCUUAGAGUGGGACAGAGAUAAAACAGACAGUCAUUUUUGGAUUUAAAAACUGAUAUUUCUAUGGUUUUUAAAGUCGCUUGGAAUUAACGUCUGCCUAGCACACCCACAUACUGUACCUCUGCCUGGUGAUGCCAUGUUACUAAACAAUUCUACCACGAAAUGUAAAAGACAACCAUAACACAUCCUACAGAGAACACUCUGGUGGCCCAGCCUGGUGGUAACAGAAGAUUGCUCUCGUGUUGAUAUUUUUAAUGUACAUAUGAGUCACAAGAACCUCUGUGCUCACACAGUUUCAUGUGUUGGCCUGAACGUCAUGUCUUGUAAAGCAUAGCUGGGCUGCUAAAGUGCCUGCAAAGUCUGGUGUGAAAAAAGCUCGAGAUCAAAGCUCAGCAUUCCAUGUAUUCACAAAAAAGAAAAAAAAAAAAAAGACAUGUAUUGAUAUGCCUAUUUUUUUUUUUUUACUGGCACAUUGUAUUUUUGUGUCAACUUGUUUUUAGAAAAUAUGUGAAGUGUCCACAUGUGUACCUGUGAGUGUUAUGCACUUUUGUGUCAUGGUCCUCUUUGUUAAUAAUGCCCAGUGAUGUUCCCACGGUGUGAACAAUGUAAGCGUGGUGGCCUGGGAUGACAGUGGCUCUUUCUCACAGCCCUUCCUGAGCUGUGAGAAAGAGCUUUCUUUGUACAUAUGAGACUUAUAAUAAAAGGCAUAUUUCUUCCUGUUCUUGUGGUGUCUGUAGU